UUAACCGGCAACUUGACGCUGUCCCCCGACUUUGAUUUUGAAAAAAUCGCCAAGUACACCCCGGGCUACGUUGGUGCCGACCUUCUGUCGCUAACCCGCGAAGCUGCCAUUUCGGCUGUUAACAGGGUUUUCAACGCCGUUAAGGAACAGCACAGGCUAAACCAGGCCCUGGCGGCCCAACGAGCUGCAGAGGAGCAGCGCAAUGCUUUGCAACUGGCCAAGCAGCGGGCUGAGGAGCUGGCGGAACACCAGCGAGCCGCUCGAAACGUGCUUGCCAGCAGCGAGAAAGAGGAGGAAAUUGUGGUGGACGACGAUAUUCCCAACUCAGUUGACUCGAAAGGGAAGCAACUUUCCUCGUUGGAUACAGUAGUUGUAUUGGACGACAGCGAAGAACCUGCAGCUAGAGACGAAUCUAUCGAGGACACGCCUGCUCUGGACGCUGCCCAAACACCGGCCGCCCAAUUGCCUGUUGAGAUCGAGCCCGAUAUUAUCGUGGAAGAAGAGUCGCUGCCCCUUCAAGAGCCGAUGCCAGUGGAUGAAGUCAAGCCGCUUUCCACUCUGGAAGAGCUGCAACUGUGGCUGCGCGAAAAGAUCCCAAUCAGCGACGAUCAGCUGCAGAAUCUUUGCAUUACAAUGGACGAUUUCGGAGAGGCUCUGAAAAAAGUUCAGCCAUCAGCCAAGCGGGAGGGUUUUGCAACCGUCCCAGACACCACCUGGGACGAUGUGGGGUCCCUCAGGAAUAUCCGGGAGGAACUGCAAAUGGCCAUUCUGGCUCCCGUUCGGCACGUGGAGAAAUUCGAAGCUUUGGGCAUGUGCGUGCCGACUGGCGUUUUACUCUGCGGCCCGCCGGGAUGCGGAAAAACGCUCUUGGCCAAAGCCAUCGCCAACGAAGCGGGCAUUAACUUCAUCUCGGUUAAAGGCCCAGAACUACUAAACAUGUAUGUUGGUGAAAGCGAACGGGCUGUUAGAGUGUGUUUUGACCGCGCCAGGAAUUCGGCGCCUUGCGUCAUUUUCUUUGAUGAAUUGGACGCUUUGUGCCCGAAGAGGUCGGAUUCGAGAGAGGGAGGAUCAACAAUGCGUGUAGUGAACCAAUUGUUGACUGAAAUGGACGGUGUGAGCAGCAGAAAAGGGGUCUAUCUGCUAGCUGCCAGUAAUCGUCCGGACAUCAUCGAUCCGGCGGUUUUGAGGCCUGGACGUCUGGAUAAGAUCCUCUAUGUGGGGCUGCCGUCGCGCAAGGACCGAGUGGAUAUCCUGAGGGCCAUUACAAAGAACGGGACUCAGCCCAAGCUGGAUGAAGACGUGGAUCUUGAAAGCAUCGGCACUUCGGAGCAAGUUAAAGGCUACACUGGAGCUGAUUUGGCUGCUUUGGUGCGUGAAGCCUCCACUCUAGCCCUUAAAGAGUUUAUCAUCGCAGAUAGCGCGAGCAAGCCUUUGAUGGUGUCCAGUCGGCACUUUAUCGCUGCCACUGAGAAGAUCAGGCCGUCAGUCACUGAAAAAGACCAAAAACACUACGAAAAACUCAGAAGGAUGUACACUGCUGUGCCCGAACAAGCCGAAGUAGAGGAAAUGGAAUAUUCACAUUAGGAGUUUUGUGCACAUGCGAAUGCAUACAUAGAGACCACUAUUACUAACGCAAGACCCGCUUGACAUCAAUAACAGCAUCUACUUGAAACUAAAACGGUUUCAAAACACAUCAAUACCGAAUUGGCUUUCGAAAGUCCCACUGUGGGCUAUUGUCCAGCCGACUGAAAACAAAUUAAUUAGUACAAUUAUUAGGGAUGUGAAAGCUGGCGAUUUUUGUUCUCAGAUGGUGGGCAAAUGUUAAAUCAAAACCAUGUAUUUUUUUUUAAGUAUUUGUGUGUAAUUUUUUUAAUAAACGGUUCAGUUUGGUUGAUAAA